AUGGCUCGUCGAGGUGAUCUGAUCUUUGUUAUUGGACCUGUAGGAUGUGGCAAAAGUGCUCUUUUGAAAACAAUUUUGGGUGAGAUUGGCUAUUUCGAUGGUACAGUUCGAGUCUCUGGAUCAAUGUGUUAUGUACCUCAAGAGCCUUGGAUUUUCCCAUCGACACUUCAAGCAAAUAUCCUAUUCGGAAAGGCCUAUGACGAAAGACUAUUCGAACGUGUAAUGCAAGCUACUGCUCUUGAUGCGGACAUGGAACGAUUACCUCACGGACCUGAAACUCUUGUCGGUGAUCAAGGCAUGAUGCUUUCGGGAGGACAAAAAGUACGUGUUGGUUUGGCUCGAGCACUCUAUCGUAAUGCUGAUAUCUACCUGUUGGAUGAUCCACUUUCAGGCGUUGAUGCCAAAGUCUCGCAGCACAUCUUUAAAGAGUAA